CUUGUCUAUCCUUUGAAUUUUCUGAGUCUUCUUUUGAUUGACCGAUGAAAGUGACAUGCUCACAUUUUCCACAGCUUCGAGGAAAAAUAGCAAAAAUGGUUCACCAGUUGACUUGAGAAAUGCAACACCAAUCCCAUUCCUAGAAGCUUCCUGGAAUAUAUAUAAUAUAUAGCAUUCACAGGACUAAACACUGCAACCCAAGAUCUAGCUUUGCUCACAAAGGAAAAAAAGAAAAAGAAAAACAAAAAAAAAAUGUCAAUUUGCGUCCAUUACUACUAUCCAAUGUUGGAAAGGCACCUCCUGUCUUGCAGCAACUGCAGUGAUAUAAGCGCAUCCUGCUGCUCCGAGAUAAUUAAGAACAAGGAAGAGGAACAUCGAUUGGAAUCACCAAUGCCGUGGAUCGGCAUCUGUGCUACAGCAGCAUCUCUAGUCUUCUCCCUUGCAAUGGUUGCUGACGUCUUCCAUGGGUUUCGCCACAGAAAACUCUGGUUUCCAUGCAAAUUUUUCACUCUCAAUGCUGCUUCCUUGACAUUACUAGCUGUAACAAUGAAGCUGCCAGUGGAUCUGAGUACCACUAUGCCAGGCGAGUUGGAUCAGCUGGCGAAACUUACCAGCACCACCUUGAUGUCUACAGUGACAGGUUCAUUGGCUUAAAAGAAGCAAGAAUGAUGUUUUGUUGAAAUUUUGAAUGCAAAGGCACAAUGCUGAAGCUUGGCAGCAGUGGAACCUGACUUUUGUCACCAUUUUUGACCUAGGAAACUCAAUAACUGGACUUUCAUCAUAACAUGAAAGAUUUAGAGCUCUGAAUUAGCUUUCUAAAUCUUCAAACGGUUUGUCAUUCAGAGCUUGGAGCAGAGAGUUAUGGCCUUGUUACCAGAGGUGCACAGAACUGCCUGGCAGCAAUGAAAUUCUGCCUUGAUCUUCAUUUUCGACCAACAAGACUUGAGAAUUGGAUCUCCACCAAAACAUAAAGUUUUUAGAGCUCUAAAUUAGCUUCCCAAAUCUUUAAAUGGUUCAUCAUUUGGAGUUCUGAACACAAAGUUAUGGCCAUUUUACCAAAGUAGGUACGGGCGGAGCAAGGCAAGAAUGGAGCAUUCUGCUCCAAUUUCGAGUGCUCAAGCCCUUAUUUCGAGUGCUCGAAAUUAGGGCAGAAUUGCAUCUGGAAAUGGCCCAUUUUCAGCCACUUGCAUCUUGGGUUCCUCAAUUCGAAUUUCCCUCUUUAAUGGUUGGUUGGAGAUGUUGGUUGGUGGGGGUUUUUAGAGGCUUAUCUCUAGAAGAUAAGAGAGGGAGGCCACACAUAUCAUUAAGCUGGAUUCUAGCAAGAUAGAGGAGAGAGAAGGGAGCAAAGGGAGGAGUUCUUCAAGCAAAGGAAGGAGCACGAAAAUGGAGUCUUGGAUGGAGCUUCUUCCUUCUUCUAGCUUAGCAAUGGGUAACUAACUCUUUCUCUAGGGAGGUGAUGAAGUCCCUCCCUUGUAAGCAUGUCCUAGGGUAGUCUAUAUUGGGGGAUUGCAAUGUAUAUUUAUGGUCUUUUUCAUAGCUAAGAGCACUUCAUUUGGUGUAAUGAAUGUUUAUAUAUGUAUGGAUGAUUUCUUCAAGCUCAUUAUCUUAUG